AAAACAGUAACACAAGUAGAAAAUCUCAUUGUGCUGGAACCUAUAGCAGAAAAUGAUGGACAAGCUACAGAGAGACCGAAACAGUCUGAUGGCAUGGGCACUGCUGUUUUACCUAGGCUCACAGGUGUGCUGUCAGCAGUGUGGCAGCCCAUGUCAGUGCCAAAGCUCUCUACCAGACUGCCAGGAAGGCGUUCCUCUCAUUCUCGAUGGGUGCCAGUGCUGUCAGGUGUGUGCGCGGCAGCAGGGUGAGGCCUGCAGUGAGCUGUUUCCAUGUGACAUUCAGCGCGGCUUGCAAUGUGACUAUAGCGCCAGCUUCCCUGGAGACCCAGGAGAGUGUGUCAGUCAGGAGGAGCUGGGCUGUGAACAUAAUGGAGUCUCUUACCAGGAAGGCCAGGUAUUUCAGCCCUCCUGUGCUCUUCAGUGUCGUUGUUCAGGUGGAGGGGUGACCUGUGUGCCCCGGUGCAGUGAAGAUGUUCUCUUGCCCACCCCAGACUGCCCUCAUCCUCGAAGGGUUCAACAACCAGGAAAAUGCUGUAAAGUGUGGGUGUGUGAAAAUAUGGACAACACAGUGCUUCAGGACGCUCAUAUAGCUUCAGGGAGUGACCAGAAAUUGCCUGCAGACUCUGCAUACCAAACCAGACCUGGUUCAAACUGCAUAGACCAGAGCUCAGAGUGGAGUGCUUGCUCACACACCUGCGGGCCUGGAAUAUCUACACGGGUUUCCAAUCAAAACCUGGCCUGUCGCCUGGAGAUGCAGAUGCGCUUGUGUAUGAUCCGACCCUGUCAGCCUGUUCUCCAAAGAAACCCACAGUGGCCCAGGAGGAAAUGUCAACCCACCUACAGGUCAGCGACCCCGGUGCGGCUUUUCCACCAGAGCUGCUAUAGUACACAGUUCUACAGGCCCCGUUAUUGUGGCACAUGUAAAGACAACCGUUGUUGCACUCCUUACCACACUGGCACAGCACUGGUCACUUUCCGCUGCCCUGGAGGAAGACUGCUUAAUCAUGCUGUCAUGACCAUCAGCUCCUGCAUCUGCCAUUACAACUGCCCCUAUUCAUCUGGAGGGGCAUAUAGAGGGUCUCCCUUCUUGGGAUAGACACUCACUCUCUUAUAGGCUGACUUUGGGUCUAGUAGAUUCAUAUUGGACGCUCUGUGUUUUACAUGUCUUUUUGCGUGUUAGUUACACGGACCCAACUCAAGAUUUGAAGUUUCAUUUUACUGACUGACAAAAACCCUGUUCGACUUAAAGCACUGAAGAGCACAUAAGCCAUUUGAGAUGUGACUGUUUUUUUUUUUCAUGACGUGUGGUGGAAUUCAAAUAGGUUAUGAGCUUAAGAUGUGCCUGAAAUGACAGUUGUUUUAGAAAAAAAAUAAAAUUAUGUAAAUGAGAUAAAAUGUUUUCUCCUGGUCAAGAAACAGGAUUUAAGCAAAGAAACUUUAGUCUUAGAUUUGAAAUUUAACUGAAAUAACAUUGCACAUAGAAGAAGCAAUGUUUAGAUGCCACGCGAAAUUUAGACAAUUUUUUUGUUUACAGUUAAAUGGAGACAGGGGUAGCCGCAGGUCGAAGCAAUGUGAGUGGCAAAAGGUGGCAUGCUGAAAGUUGAAUUCUACAUCAGCAACUAAUCCCUCUAACCACCAAUAACUCUAAACAAUUAGAAAACCUUUUAUCCACACCUUACCUUUCAUCUUUGGCCACACCCACUGCUUCCGCCUGCAGUUAUCCCUACUUAGUUAAUUGUGGCCUCUUCACUUGUAUUUACUGCAGGCUUUUAUUUGAAGACUGACACUAGCCAUACUUUAGUGUUUACUAAUUUCUUGCAAAAGGAUUGACUGUAUAUAUAUGUAAAUACUUGUUUAUGUCUGUAUGUUCCUUUCAUUAAUACUAGAACCUUUAAUAUUUGUGUUCAUUUAGCGAAUUUUAAGUUUCAUUGCACUGUCAAUUGCCACCUCACAACCUUGCAGUCAAAAGUUAACAGCGUUUUCAGACCUUAAGAAAACUAUUUUUUUUUUAAUCUCAUCAUAAAUUCUCAGUAAUAAAUGUUUUGUGCUGUG